GAACAAUGUCCGAGGUUCUUUAUUCGGAAAGAAAGUUUCAUGUUGUGUCAGUGUGUUGACAAGUACAUUUUUUCUUUUUCUUUUCCUUUUUUCUAAAAAAGAUAAUGGAGGAUCAGUGGAUUAUCCAGUACAAAGAUAAGGUGGAUCAUACACCUACACCUAAUAAUAUGUGCUAUAAUUCAGAAGGCUGGGGACCAUUUUCUUCCAUAAGACAGCCUGAUUUCACACCAUGUUUUGAAGACACGUAAGAGACAAAAAAAAAACGAAUAAAAACAAUAGGCUUACACUACCAAGUGUUGUUAUGACUAUACCUUCUAUCUAUAUUUUAGUUGCUGGCAUGAUUCGAUUUUGGAUUUUAGCUAAAAGAAAACCAUUGUCCAAAGAUGUUACUCACAAUUGGUUAUAUUUUGUUAAAAUGGCCACUUUGAUUUUCUUAUUAUUGACAGCCACCACCAGCUUUGUAUUUUCUAUUCAAGACGCUUAUGGAGUGAUUGAUAAUGCUCAGAUACUGGCUGAGGGCUUUACCGUUUUUGUCUUAAUCUUUGUCAUCUUUUUACAUCAUUUGGAAUACACUCGAAACGAAAUCUCAUCUGGUGUCUUACUUUUCUUUUGGCUUUUCGAAAUCCUCGUUGGCACAGUCAAACUAAGAACAUUGAUUAUCAGUCAUGGCACUACUGGUAAUUAUCCUGAUCAUUUUGCCAUGUAUUUGAUUCGAUAUGCACUUAUCAUAAUCGUCUUUGUUUUGGAAAAUAUCGCUAAGCCGAAAAGCCAAUAUAUUAUAUUGGAAGAAGGAGACGAGAUGGACUGUCCAGAAGAAAAAGCAAAUAUUUUUCAAAGAUUGACUUUUCAUUGGAUGACGCCUUUAAUGCGAUUGGGAUACAAAAAUCCUUUGAUUAUGGAUGAUUUAUGGAACCUGAAUCACCAAGAUCAAUCUCAAAUCAUCAACCAACGAUUUCAAAUACAUUGGCAAAAGGAAUUAAAGAGAAAAAAUCCUUCUUUACUGCGUGCACUUGUUUCGACUGUGGGUGGACCUUUCUUUUUAGCUGCUGCGUUGAAGGCAUGUCAAGAUGUCUUGCAAUUCACUCAGCCUAUGCUUUUAAAAGCAUUGAUGGGAUGGGUUACUAGUUAUUUAUCAGACACUCCGGAACCAGGAUACAGAGGCGCUUUCAUUGCUUUGGCAAUGUUUAUAACCGCUAUUGCACAAACCAUGUUUGUACAGCAAUACUUUCAUCUCUGUUUUACAACAGGUAUGAGAUUACGUGCUGCCCUUGUCACAUCCAUCUAUCAAAAAACCUUGGUUUUAAGCAAUUCGAGUCGUCAACAAUCUACAGUGGGAGAGAUUGUGAAUCGUAUGAGUGUUGAUGCUCAACGAUUGAUGGACAUGUGUACAUUUUUUCAUAUCAUUUGGAGUGGCCCAUUUCAAAUUACCAUUGCUCUGUAUUUGCUGUGGAAGACAAUGGGACCUAGCAUCUGGGCUGGUGUGAGUGUGUUGUUGUUGGCCAUUCCUUUAAACAUGAUACUUGCAAGAACAAUGCGUACCUAUCAAAAGACUCAAAUGGGCAACAAAGACGCAAGAGUCAAGCUGAUGAAUGAAGUUCUUAAUGGUAUUAAAGUGAUUAAAUUGUAUGCAUGGGAAAUUCCAUUUAUGCAGAAAAUUGGCUUUAUUCGUAAUGAUUUAGAAUUAGCCAUACUUAAGAAGAUAGGCUUACUUUCAGCUGCACAAACAUUUACAUGGACAACUAUACCCUUUUUUGUGUCUAUCGUAACAUUUACGGUCUAUGUAGCUACGUCUACUACACCCCUUACAAGUCAAGUUGCUUUUGUAGCCAUUUCAUUGUUUAGUCUGCUUCAAUUCCCUAUGGCUAUUUUUCCUAACGUGAUCACAUCACUUAUUGAAGCUUCUGUAUCACUCAAUCGUAUUGAAGAGUAUUUGUCUAGCAAAGAAAUUGAUUCCUCUGCUAUUGUCAGAGAAGAUUUUCGCAAAAUGCCAGAUUGGAAUCCUACUAUACCUCUUGUUCAAGUGGAGAACGCGAGUUUCAAAUGGAACGAGAAUGAUUCAAAGAUUGAUCUGGCUGAUAUCAGCCUGACUGUAACUAAAGGCGCAUUGACUGCUAUCGUGGGUCGUGUUGGAUCAGGCAAAUCUACUUUGAUUAGCGCGCUUUUGGGUGACAACACAAAGAUCUCUGGUCAAGUCACAAUGCGUGGUAGUAUUGCCUAUGUACCACAACAACCUUGGAUCAUGAAUGCUACUGUACGACACAACAUCAUCUUUGGAUUGCGUUGGGACCCUGAAUUCUAUGAUCGAGUACUUGAAGCUUGUUCAUUGAAGACCGAUCUCAAGAUUCUUUCGCAUGGUGAUAUGACUGAAAUAGGUGAGCGAGGUAUCAAUUUAUCUGGUGGACAAAAGGCCCGUGUGUCUCUGGCUCGUGCACUUUAUGCUCGAGCUGAUAUUUAUCUGUUAGACGAUCCGCUUAGUGCAGUGGAUGCGCAUGUUGGAAAACAUUUGUUUGAACAUGUCUUGGGUCCCAAUGGUCUAUUGAAAAACAAGUCGCGUAUCUUGGUCACACACGCCAUUACUUAUUUAUCUAAAGUAAAUCAAGUGGUUAUGCUAUGCAAUGGUCGGAUUGGGUCUCAAGGCACUUAUGAUACAUUGAUGGCACAAGAAGAUGGUGAACUCUUCAAAUUAGUCAGCGAAUUUGGUAACCAACCUUCAAAAGAUGAUGACACGAGCAUGAAUGAAGAGAGCUUAGAGACAACAACGGAGGAUCAUUCCACGACAGCCAUAUUAGGUCAUUCUGAAGAAGAAUCCUCUAUCAAUCAAGAGAUAGUAAGACGUCAAUCUCUUGAUUGUAGACUCAGUCUUCAAAGCGUUCUUUCCAGCACCAGUCUAAGACGUGCCUCUGUUGCUUCUUUCAAGAAUCCUCGGACGGCUGAAGAGGGCCAAUUGAUGACAGUCGAAGAAACAGCGAAAGGAAAAGUGUCUUGGCAGGUUUACAAGCAAUAUGCUCUAGCAUGUUCUGUUAUGGGUGUAAUUGCUGUAGUUGGUUUUCAACUGAGUGCACAAGCAGCACAAGUGGGUGCAAACAUUUGGCUCAAGAAUUGGAGUAGUGCCAACAUGGAAAAGGGAACCAAUGAUCGUGUUUGGCUGUAUUUAGGUAUUUAUGCCUUGAUCGGUUGGUCUGCCACCAUUUUUGCCUUCUUGCAAACUAUGGUAAUGUGGGUCUUUUGCGGCAUUCGAUCCGCUACUUAUCUUCACAGCCACAUGCUUCAAUCUGUGGUUCGCUCGCCCAUGUCCUUUUUUGAUACAACACCUUUAGGAAGAAUACUGAAUCGCUUUAACAAGGACCAACAUACGAUUGAUGAAGUACUGCCUCGAAACUUCAACAUGUAUCUUCGUGUGCUCUCUCAAGUGAUUGCUACGAUUACGAUUAUCACAUUUUCCACGCCCUUUUUCUUAAUUCUUGUGAUCCCUCUUUCAUUUCUUUACAUGGCUAUCCAGCGAUACUAUCUCGCUACGUCUCGAGAAUUGAAACGACUCGACUCGGUUGGAAAAAGUCCUAUUUAUUCUCAUUUCCAAGAAACCAUCCAGGGUGUCUCCACCAUCCGUGCUUAUGAACAGCAGCAAUCGUUUAUAUUCCAAAACCAAAGCAAACUCGAUACAAACCAACGUGCUUAUUACCCUUCUAUCGUAUGUAAUCGUUGGUUGUCUGUUCGCCUUGAGUUCCUUGGGUCCAUCAUUAUUUUUGGCUCGAGUAUUUUAGCCGUGCUUGGUGUGCUGUAUGGCAACAAGUCAUAUAUUGAUCCUGGUCUGGUGGGUCUCAGUGUGUCUUAUGCAUUGAGUGUUACGCAAUCUCUGAGUUGGGUGAUUCGUCAGUACUGUGAAAUUGAGACCAAUAUCGUAUCUGUGGAAAGAGUGAAGGAAUACAUUGACUUACCUGGUGAGAAAUACGAAGCGGCUCGAAGUGUGGACCCCAUGUGGCCUUCAAAAGGUAUAAUUGAAUUCAAAGGAUAUGCUACACGGUAUCGUGAAGGGCUUGAUUAUUGUUUAAGAGACUUGUCGUUCUCAGUUGCACCUAAAGAAAAGAUUGGUAUUGUGGGUCGUACAGGUGCUGGUAAAAGUUCAUUGACAUUAGCCCUUUUCCGUAUUGUGGAAGCGGCCAAGGGCAAUAUCAUCAUUGACGGUAUUGAUAUUGCUUCUUUACGUCUAUUUGAUCUACGAUCCAGAUUGUCUAUCAUUCCUCAAGAUCCAGUGUUGUUUGCUGGUACUGUGCGGGAGAAUCUAGAUCCUUUUCAUGCUUAUGAUGAUAUGGAGAUUUGGCAAGCACUUAAGAAUGCUCAUUUGUAUGACCAUAUAUCUUCCAUGGAUGGUCAAUUGAAUGGUGUUGUUCUUGAAGGUGGAGAUAAUUUCUCUGUUGGGCAAAGACAGCUUAUUUGUCUUGCGCGUGCGUUACUCCGCCGUACAACAAUUCUUGUCCUUGAUGAAGCUACUGCUGCUAUUGAUUUGGAGACAGAUUCUAUUAUUCAAGAAACCAUUCGUUCACAAUUUUCUGAUUGUACUAUCUUGACGAUUGCUCAUAGAAUCAAUACGGUGAUGGAUUCAGAUAGAAUUCUUGUACUCGACCAAGGAAGAAUUGGCGAAUUCGAUUCACCUAAAAAGUUACUAGAGAACCAUGAUUCUUUGUUUUAUAGUCUAUGCCAAGAAGCCGGUUUAGUCAUAUCUUAACCGCGGCUUUGCUUUCCUGAUCUCUAAAUCAGGAUUAUUUGUCCAUAUCUGAAAAUAAAUACGUAUUCGUACUUUAAAAGAACAAAAGAUAUAAAAGACAAGAAGAAAAACAUUGUUAAAAGAG